AUGGAUCUCGCAACUCUCGAAACAAAUCCUCACGCGCCGUUGAGGCUUCUCUCCCUCGAUGGUGGCGGUGUACGCGGCCUAUCUAGCCUUAUGGUGCUCGACGAUCUCAUGGAAAAUAUCGCCAUAGAAGAGAAGCGACUCGGUCGGAGACCGCAAAACGACAGCACACCGCUCAAGCCCUGCGACUACUUCGACUUGAUCGGGGGCACCAGCACUGGUGGUAUCAUCGCUAUUCUCCUUUCCCGCCUUCGAUUAGACUGCAAGCAAUGCAUCGGCAUUUACUCCAAACUUGCCGAGCAGAUCUUCAAACAUGACAGGUCCAUCAAGGUCGCGGGGAUGAAACUACCAACGGGCUCAACUCGUUUCUCCGGCCUAGUACUCGAGAAAUCAAUCAAGUCUGCUCUCGUAGAUCUCGGCUAUGACGAGAACGAGCUUAUGUGGGACGACUCGCUCUUCGAAGAAGUUCCCGAGACCGACCCCUUACCGCGUGACAGUAUCUGGGCCGACACCUACUCUCCAAUCAAGAUGACAGUCUCCCCGGUCGAGUCACCCAGAGCCGAUAGUCUCGUCCCAGCCGGAGGCGACAGCAAGGCAUCCACCAGCAACAUAGCAGACGAGCUACCACCGCCCAAGCAUGCUCUCACCGAGCCUUUCGGACCUGCUCUCAGCAAGCAAGCACGCACCUCGACCUGGAAGCUUCAUCCUCGCCAGUCCGUGCACCAAAAAGCCGGAAAGAAAGGCUGCCGCGGUUUCGUCUUAACCUCACUCAAGAACGCGCUGGGUCUCCCCAGGAUCUUAUCCACCUACGACCCCAACGAUCGCCAAACCCGCAUCUGGGAAGCCCUCCGCGCCACCUCCGCCGCCCCCACCUUCUUCGAAGAGAUGCAAUUCGGCACACCAAAAGUAACCUACCUCGACGGCGGCGUCGGCUUCAACAACCCCUGCGCCGAAGUCGACUACGCCGCCAAAGCCCUCUGGGAAGGCCGCUCCAUCGGCACCAUCGUCUCCGUCGGCACCGGCCUGCAAUCGAUCCCCUCAGUCAAGAAGAUCGCCUCCUGGCUCCCCUUCGGCCUGGGCACCGACAUCUCGCUCGCAUCCGCCCUCGCCAGCAUGGCCACCAGCACCGCGCGCGUGGACAACGAGAUGAAGCGCGCCUACUACGAGACGGACACGCGCUACUACCGCUUCGACGUCGACCGCGGCCUCGCCAAUAUCUCGCUCGAGCAGUGGAUGCGCGAGGACGAGAUGGCCGCGCUGACGGAGCAGUACAUGCGCGACGCGAAGCAGGUGCGGCGCGCGCGCCAGCUCGGCGAGCUCAUGGCGAAGCUGUCGGCGCUGCCGCCGCGGUUCGAGAUCGCAGCGACGCACUUCCGUGUAGGCAUGGAUGGGCGCGGGCUUCUUGACCAGUCGUUCGCGCUCGCGCAGGUGGACUUCAAGACGGGCAUGCCGCUGGGUGUGGCGCCGCAUCUCGAUGACUUGCCUAAGAUGUCGAAGUUCCGCAACUCGAGCCCGAGUGGGGAGAGCGGGCUCGCGAUUGACGCGAACGGCCGCAUGCGAAAGGUGUAUCCUGUGGCGUCUGAUCUUGAUGGCGAUGGGCGGAGGCAGGAGGCGGCGGUGUUUCAGUGCGUGCGCGCUGAUAACGUUUGUCUACGGACAUUGAAGACCGGGAUCCCGCAGGGACAAUACCGCGUCGUAUUCAUCGUCUCUUUCCAGAACAGCAAGUACACUGCGCCCGACAACCUGGUCUUCAGCGUUGGCAAGCCGUUCGAUGCGCGGACAUUUGCGCAGCGGUUCGUGGAUGUGAAUAUCACGCCUGAUGUUGUGGGUGUGCUGCUGCACCCGGAUGCGGUGAGGGUAAGGGUAGGGAAGAAGCGGUAUACGGAGAAUAAGGGGAAGGGGUGGUUGGAGAUCGAGGGGGAUGUGGAGGUGCAGGUGGGGCUGGAUGGGGCGCUGGGGUUUGUGGUGAGUAAGCGGUAUGAGGAGGAUUGCUUUGUGGAUGGGUUUACGUUUGGGGGGGUGAGGCUGGAGCCGGUGUUUGGGGGACAGGAUAGUAGGGGUUAA